AUGACUGUUAAGAGAAUGGCCGCAGAGAAUACUUCAUCGGUGACAGAGUUCAUCCUCGUGGGAUUAACAGAGCAGUCUGAACUCCAGAUCCCAUUCUUCAUUGUAUUUCUAGGUUUCUAUGUGGUCACUGCGGUGGGAAACCUGGGCUUGAUCACCCUGAUAGGGCUGAACUCUCACCUGCAUAUUCCCAUGUACUUCUUCCUCCUCAAUUUGUCCUUCAUAGAUUUCAGUUACUCUACCACGCUCACCCCGAAAAUGCUGGUGGGGUUUGUUUUGAGGAAGAAUAUUAUUUCCUAUGCAGGGUGUAUGACUCAAUUUUUCUUCUUCUGCUUCUUUGUCUUUUCUGAGUCCUACAUCCUGUCAGCAAUGGCAUAUGACCGCUAUGUUGCCAUCUGCAAACCAUUACUGUACAGGGUCACCAUGUCUCCCCAAGUAUGUUCAUAUCUUUUGUCGGGUGUCUAUGGGAUGGGAGUUUUUGGGGCUGUGGCUCAUAUGGGAAACCUACAGUUUAUAACCUUCUGUGCUGACAAUAUCAUUAAUCACUAUAUGUGUGACAUCAUUCCCCUCCUCGAGCUGUCCUGCAACAGCUCUUUCAUCAAUUUGUUGGUGGUUUUUGUUGUUGUGACCAUUGGCAUUGGAGUGCCCAUUGUUACCAUUUUUAUAUCUUAUGGUUUUAUCCUCUCUAGCAUUCUCCACAUUAGCUCCAAAGAAGGCAGGUCCAAAGCCUUUAGUACCUGUACUUCCCAUAUUAUUGUAGUGUCUCUGUUUUUUGGGUCAGGAGCUUUUAUGUACCUCAAGCCACCUUCUAGUUUACCCCUGGCUCAGGGAAAAGUGUCCUCUGUUUUCUAUACUGCUGUGGUGCCCAUGUUAAACCCAUUGAUCUACAGCUUAAGGAAUAAGGAUGUCAAGAUUGCUUUGAAGAAGACCUUGAGCAGAAAAGUCUUCUUGUGA